CUCUUCCCAAGUUUGUAAUAAUCAGUGUCAGGGCAUUCUGAAACGGCAACGUUUUCUGCUCUCCCUCGCUUGCACGCCGGCGUGAGAUCCGUUCUGCCACCGGCGAUCUCACCUCCACCGGCGCUUCUCGCGUUCAAAUCGAUUCAACGUCGUUUAUUUGCCAAAUUCUGUCUAUCAUUCAUUCUGUCACACAAGUUCCCUACACUCAGCUUAUGCUGGUAAGACUUGUGCUGCAAGAGGUUGAUUGCAUCGGGUGAAGGGGAUACUGGUGGAAUGAUGGACACUCACGCGGAAGAUUCUGUUAGACCUGAGGAGCAUUUUCCUGAUGAGGAUCAUCAUUACGGAGAUGGAAGCAAUGGAAAUAUUGUAUUGGAAAAUGGAUUGUCUGAUGUUAAUCAAGGUCCUGCUGAUACUGACGAUCAGCUUCUAGAAAUGGUUAUGGACCUCAGGUUUCAGAAUGACUACUUAAAGUCCCAUUUUGCGGGAUUAAAAAUUGUAAACAGUGUACAUAGUGAUUCUAGUAUACAGAAAGGAGUUGGUGGCUUAGAAGAUGGGGAUUCUGACAUUGUGAAAGAACUAAAGGAAAAAAUACUAUUGUUAAAUAAAGAAUUUCUGGAAGAAAAGCAAACAAGAAUUGCAUCAGAGGAGGCUUUGAAGCAUCUUCAAUUGGCAUACUCAGAGGCAGAAGCAAAGGCCCAAGAGCUCUCUGAAAACCUUGUAGAAGCUCAAACAAAGUUGGACCAAGAAAUAAAAGAGCGCGAUGAGAAGUAUUCUGAACUUGACUCCAAGUUCAAUAGGCUUCACAAGCGAGCAAAACAGCGUAUUCAAGAAAUUCAAAAGGAAAAAGAUGAUAUUGAGGCCCGUUUCUCUGAGGUGAAUGAAAUUGCAGAGCGAGCAUCAUCCCAACAGUUAGCAAUGCAACAAGAAUUAGAGCGUACUAGGAAGCAAGCAAAUGAGGCAUUGAAAGCCAUGGAUGGUGAUAGACAACAACUAAGAAGUGCAAACAACAAUCUUCGAGAUACCAUUGAAGAUUUAAAGCGUUCAUUGCAACCUAAAGAGAGUGCUCUUGAAGUAUUGCAACAAUCACUUGCAGAAAAGGAACAGAUGUUGGAGGAUAUGAGAGGGUUGCUUCAGGCUGCUGAAGAAAAAAGGCAAGCUGCACUAGUUGAGCUCUCUGCUAAGCACCAAAAGAAUAUAGAGAGUUUGGAGGCUCAACUUAAUGAUGCAUUGUCUGACAGAAGUAAGGCAGCUGAGUCUAUUUCUUCACUCCAGGUUCUAGUUGCAGAAAAAGAAUCCAGAAUUGCAGAGAUGGAAGCAGCAUCAACCGGGGAAGCAGCACGACUCAGAGCAGUGGUGGAAAGUGUGAAAGGGGAGCUUUCUCACCUAAAAGAGGAGCAUGACAAAGAAAGGGAAAGCUGGGAGACUGCUUCGCGAGCACUCAAAGCAAAACUCGACAUUGCAGAGAGCAACUGCAUACAUGCAGAAGUUGAAGUAGCCAAAAUAAAAAGUCAGCUAGAAUCAGAGGUAUCCGCACAAAGAAGGAUCCUCAAUAUGAGAGAUGUGGAAUUGUUGGCUGCCAAAGAAGAGAUCCGCUCUCUAGAAAAGGAAUUUUCUUCAUACAAAGUUCGUGCACAUGCACUUCUUCAAAAGAAAGAUGCUGAACUGGCUGCUGCUAAAGACUCGGAACAACUCAGAGCCCUAGAGGAAACUCUGAAAGAAGUUGAAAAUGAAGUAUUAUCAAUAACAGAAGAAAGGGAUAAAGUUCUUCAAGAUCUUCAAUCUGCUAUGGCUAAUCAUGAGAAAGAACUUGCAGAAAGAGAUUCAACCCUUGAAAAUGUCAAGCAACAGAUAAGGAGCUUAGAAAUAAAGCUUGACUCAGUUAAUGCUCAGCAACUAAAAGAGAAAGAGGAAUGGGGACUAAGUCUUCAAAAUGUAGAAGAAACAUGGAGAAUCAAAUGUGAGGCAAUCAAGGCUGAAAAUGAAGCAACUGCCACAAAAGAUAAGCAAAAGGAAUUGGAAGAGCUCAAACAACGAUUUAAAAAACUGAAGGAAGAGCAUACUUCAUUUCAUGAUCUUGCUGAUAGAAUGAUUGAGGAGAAAGAUUAUGAAAUAUCCAGACUUUUAGAUGAAAAUAAAAAUCUUCGCCAGUCUCUUCAAUCAAGACCACUAGUCGAUCAAAAUGAUUCUUACACAACAGCCUCAAAUAAAUUCGAUUCAACAAAUUUAAGCCCCUCUGCUGCAGAACAGCAAAUUCUGGUUUUGGCUAGACAACAAGCGCAAAGAGAGGAGGAGUUAGCACAGUCACAGCGUCAUAUUUUAGCUCUUCAAGAAGAAAUUGAAGAGCUUGAACGUGAGAAUCGUCUCCACAACCAACAGGAGGCAAUGUUAAAGACUGAGCUUCGCGACAUGGAAAGAUCAAAGAAAAGGGAAGGUGUAGAUAUGACAUAUUUAAAGAAUGUCAUCUUAAAGCUACUUGAGACUGGUGAAGUUGAGGUAUUGCUUCCGGUUAUUGGAAUGCUGCUUCAGUUUAGUCCAGAAGAGAUUCAGAAGUGUCAACAGGCAUAUCGCACCUCAACAGAAGUUCCACCAACUCCUGCAAGUGAUACUUCAGGAUCUGGCCUAUCACUUUUCUCAAGAUUCACAUUUUCUUAAGGUGUAAAUGGAGUGCUGGAGAAUUAUUUUUGCUGGCGUUAGAUUGUCUGCGUCUACCAUCCAGUUCUAGGAAAAUGUUUAUUUACUCAUUCUUACUGACCAAGCAGGUUUUGUAUCUGUAAAUUAAAGAAGAAGGGGAAACAUGGUUACAACAGCAACUGUUCCAUUCAGGUGUUUGGAGGCUGACAUCAAGGGUAGUAUACAUAUAUAUCACAACAGGGUGGGAGAACUCUCGUAUGUUCUGCCUCUUAUUUGGCUCAAGGUGCAACCACGUAGUCCUUUUUUACCAUUAAAUGUUAUUAAAAGUAUCACUAGAUAACUGUAUCAUGUCUUUGUAUGAUUUUUUAAUUUGCAAUGCCAAAGGAAUGAGAAGUAUCCUUCUGUGUUCA